ACAGCUUUAUGCCAAGCAAUGCCCCACUGAGGACUCAGAUGUUACCACUAUCUGAGAUAAAUAGGAGAAUUUAAAAUAUGAAGAGAGACAGAUCUUUACUCAGGAGUCAGCAAAUUAUUUUUUUAAAAAGAAAAGAAAAGAAAAAAGAAAUAGAGAUGAAACUGUAUUUGUAACAAACCUUCAUCAAAAACACCCGCAGUCCUUACCUGACAACCUCUGCACGAAUAAAGCCAAAGGAGCACACACUGUGUAAGGAUGAAGAGGACAGAGGACAGGGAAAGAGCUGGCACCGUUAAUGCACCAUCAGGAUUUCUACAGCAAACUAGCCUACUCCUCCUCCCCGUACACAGAUGCUGAUGCUAUCUCUUAGCACAUAAAGCAAUGGAUUCCUAAAGUGGAUGACAGUUUCCAAAGUGGACGUCACUGUGGAUGAAACAGAAAAAGCCUGAAAUGCUUAUCCAGGUUCAGAUGGUCACCUCGAGCACACACGUCUCCCAUCAGGUGGGAAGGCCCAACAGAGUCUCUGUUAGGCCUGCUGACCUCCUGUGGUUCACCAGCUGCACAGAGCAGGAGGGAGCUGCAGUGGGUGGUGAGGGCAGCAGAGCGUACCAUCAGUAUGACACUACCCUCCCUCACAGACACCCACAGUGACCAGCUCUUAAAGAAGGCCAGCUGUAUUUUAAAGGACUCCACCCACCCUGGACAUCACCUCCUCUCCCCGCUCCCCUCUGGGAAGAGAUACAGGAUGAUCAGAUCCAAGACCAACAGACUGAAAAACUGCUUCUUCCUGCAGGCAGUCAAAGGCAUAUUUGUUUGGUGAGGGAGGGGGGCGUGAAGAUAUUGGCUCAUCACUCCCCACUAUCUCUGCAUCUGUGUACUGUAAAAAUGAAAAAGUUCCAAAAACUCACAAUUUCAAGGCAACUUACUGCAGUGGAUUUUCACAUUUUAGGCCAAUUCAGACUUCUGUGAAUUUGUAGUUCAAGUGAAAUAUUAACUGACAUGAUCACUACUCAAUUUUUCCUUUUAAUUUACUCUAAAUUGUAGAUUUUGUGCUGUUCAUCACUUGAAUACCUCAAUAGAAAAGAAGCUCAGAUCUGUCUUCAUCAUGGUUUCUAUCAUCUUACUUUUGACCACAGAGUAAAGACUGUCAGACACCUCAGACACACAUGUAGAAAAAGACCAGUUCUAAUUAUUCUAAAAGAAAUGAAACUUAGGACAGGCAACUGUUGGACUGUAGAUAUCUGAAAUGGACUGUUCAUUGGGGACAGGAGGAACGACGUGGUGAAACACAGCUCGGGAUGAACCGGUGAGAACGCAGCUCUGACUUGUGUUCUGAUGAAAUGUUAAAACAAAUUGGAGUGUGUGUGUGUGUGUGUGUGUGAGAAAGAGAGAGCGUGAGUGGCCAAUCACAGGUCCGUAUUCAAAGUGACCAAUCACAGGAGCAAACACGUCAGCCUCAGGCUCCACCUCCACAGAAGCCGGAGAGGGAGGGGUGAGCUCGAGCUGACGUCACAGCUCCGUGGUCCUGUUCUCCAGGACUCUGAUUCCCCCACUCCACCCCCAGAGUCUGAGAGCGGGUCAAGAAGGAACCAAACCUAGAGUGGGCUAACCCGCUCUACUCAGGGUCUAAGGUUUGAGAGGGCCCACAGCUGAGUAUCACUCCUCUGUUUGGUGUUGGUUGUAGGAAUUAGUGGACUCUCCGUCACCGCCGGGGUGGAGAGCUGAUGACAGAGUUACAGUAGCAGGAGCUCAUCCUUCAUCCACCCCUGAGACCAGCUGCCAGUUCACCUGCUUCAGUACCGGCUCAUCCUCAGGUAAGACUGCCUCACACCCUCCUCCGCCCACCGCCUCCACUCCACUCAACCGGCUCUCCCCGCCCUCACUGGCCACGUACCUUGCGGCACAUCGAUAGCGGCAAAUGGAGCGCAGCCACUGGGCUGUCUCCACUGACCUGGAUUGAGCAGGGUCCGCUCCGCGCUCUGCGCUCCGCUGAGGAGGAGACAGCACCGCAGGUAAUCCAGCCUCCUCCUCCUCUUUACACACCGUCCACACAUCUGCGUGUUCCAUCUGUGUCUGCUCUCUGAACCAUUAGCAUAUUCAGUUCAGUCUGACAGUCAGUCUCAUCCUCUUCAUAUCCGUGUCAUUCUAUGAAAGGAAUGAUAACCGCUUCCUAACAGCUCAGUCCUCCUUAUUCUGCAGACGGAUCAAACAUCGUUCCCACCGCCUACAUCCAUGUCAUGUCAGAGCUGGAGGCAGAUUUAAGGUGGAGGUCUGAUGCUUGGGAUUCUCUCACCGUUCACAUGGAGUCGGGAGGCCGAGGCUGCCCGUCACCGCUGCUCCUGCAGCUGCUGAGCGUCAGGCAGAGUACCGGCCUGCUAGACGCACUGUUGUGAUCACACCGUCCUCUGCUGUACCUGGCCUGUCGGAGAACCAGCCACAACCCGCUUCAAAACCUCUGCUGAACAUCAUCACCGUCGUCUUCAUCAUGGAGCCGGAGGGAGCAGGGUAGGGGGCAGCGGGGCCUCCGGGACAGACCAGAGCUUCACAGCUGAACUGUAACUCCAUCAAGGCUCAUGGAUUUGAAGAGAGUGUUGUCCUUCCCACCAUACCCUGGGGAUUACCUGCAUCCAGUGGUGUAUGCCUGCACAGCAGUCAUGCUGCUCUGUCUGCUCGUCUCCAUCACGACCUACAUCGUCCACCACAGUGUGAUCCGCAUCAGCAGGAAUGGCUGGCACACACUCCUCAACUUCCUCUUCCACACAGGACUAACAUUUGGAGUUUUUGCCGGGGGCAUUAAUCAGAUCAACAUCCCUUUUGUGUGUCAGAUUGUUGGCAUCGUGCUUCACUACGCUUCUUUGUCUACCAUGCUGUGGCUGACGUUUACUGCCAGGAACAUCUGUAAAGAUGUGUCCAAAGACCCUCUUCGGGCCCACGACAGGAAUGGGCCGGUCCAGACUCGCACCAAACCAACCAUCCUCAGAUUUUAUCUUGUCAGUGAUGGAAUCCCUCUCAUAAUUGUUGGAGUCACAGCAGCAUUUGGUAUGGAUAACUAUGGCAGCAGGGAUGAUGCUUUGUAUUGCUGGAUGGCCUGGGAGCCAAGCCUGGGAGGUUUCUAUGCCCCCAUGGCUCUUCUGGUCUUAGUGAUUUCUGUGUACCUCUUAUGCACCUACAUCCAGCUCAAACACCACCCAGAGAGGAAGUAUGAGCAGCGAGUUCUGAGUGAGGAGCAGCAGCAGUUAUCAUCCACUGAGUCAAACCGUCACUGUCACACAGACACUGGCGGAGCUUCUGGACCUGCUGGGGACUGUCCACCAUUUUCUACAGGUGUAUCAGUGCUGGCCAAUGAGCACUCAUUUAAGUCUCAGCUCCGGGCCACAGCCUUCACCCUUUUCCUGUUCCUGGCCACCUGGGCUUUAGGGGGAUUGGCAGUAUCACUGGGACAUUUCUUGGAUAUGAUAUUCAGCUGCCUGUAUGGGGCUUUUUGUGUCACUCUUGGACUCUUUCUUCUGAUCCAACACUGUGCCAAACGUGAUGACGUGUGGCACCGCUGGUGGGCCUGUUGCCCAUCCAAGUCCAAGACAGAAGAUGGAAAUGGGGGCGGACAGAGCCAGAGGCAGAGCCACCAUCAGCCACACUGCCACUUGAACUCCCUGUGCUCAGGCAAGCAGCCACUGCUCUCUCCUCACCUUGUGCAAAGUUCUUACCACAAAAUGACACCACCUCCCCAGAGCCCCACACCUGACCACACAGGUCCGUGCUGUGUGGCCGUGAUGAGUCCUGUUACCACAACCCCCAUCUCACCUCUUACUGAGCCAAUGCCAUCGCCACGUCCACAGUCACUUCCUGACAAACUCCCUCGUCCUAUUCUGCCCCUACAGAGCUGCCUUACUGACAGAACAAAGUCACGCUCCUUCAGCCGCCCACGCCCAUGCCUCCAGGACUACCGUUCUCACUUGACUUCCACCAGUAUGGAUGGGAGCGUGCACAGCUCCCACCUGGACAGCCCUCAUGCUGCACACCACCUUGAAGGCUCACCACUGGUUUCCAACAGCCCACACCCAGACCUCCAGCUUCCCUGCUCCAGCCCUCACUUGGAGAAGCAGUUGGCUUCCAGCCACAGCUUGCAACGCCAGACCUCCUGCCACAGUGUCCAAGACUCAAUGACUUCCUGCCACAGCCAUACACACAACAUGCAUGACAGCAUCAGUUCCUGUCACAGCCUCCUCCUGCCUUCUCAUGGGGUUCACACCUGCCAGUGGCACAUGUACAGCUCAGCUCAUCAUUCCUCCACCACAAGCUGCUGUGAGAAGCCUGAUCCCAUCACUCUGCAGUACCAGCAAGAUCCCGAUGCUUACAGCUACAUGUCAAAGACAGCAGACAAAGAAAAGGACAGUCUGUGUGUAGAGGUGGAGCAGAAAGGUUUACCAAGAAAUACUCUGCCUCGGCAGCAUGGCACUAUUAACCUACGAGGCACCAUCGGCCAAAACAGGAGCCUGCAGGAAGACAGCCUGUUUGGUUCAGAUGCACCAAGAAACAUACGGACUGGCCCUUGGAAGAAUGAAACCACCGUAUAGUUUCCUCAUGCUUGUAUGUGCCAGACCUUACAGCAGCCCUAUAAUCAAUUUAUUCCUUAAGUGUUUAAGUGACACUGCCUUCAGCCUUGCCCUUAAACUACAGGUUGAGCUUUCAGUGGGGCCUCGUUUCCUGAAGAUAUUUCAGACGUUAUCUUGGUGUGUUACAAGUCAGCUUUUAUAAGGAAUAGUCAAAUGCAAGAGAGGUUCAGUUAAUGUUGAGGUGAUCUUCUGCUCCAUGCAGUUUAAAGUUGCAGUCAGUAUUGUACGACUCUCUACGGGCACAGUGACUCAGUGACUAGCAGUGUCUCAUGAAAAAAUGUCCUGAGCUCAAACCCUAUCAGUUCCACAGGGGUUCAAACUCCUUACCUUUUAGAGCAAUUGACAAUUUAUAGGUCAUUUAUGUGAUUCUUGAGCAUUCAGUGAUCCACCUUUUUUCAGGUGGGGGUGGUGGGAUAAGUUGAGUCACAGUGCUAACUUAGCGUUAGCUCCUGAUGGUCCCACUUUUCUUCAUAAAAAAAUAUUAGCAAGGCUAAUGCCACUCUAAGCAUGAUGUAAUGAAAUGAUUAAUGAUUUAUUAGAUUACAUGAGCCCACUGAAAACAGGAGCUGAACUGGAAAAUAUCCUGUGUUUUUCUUUUAGCUGUAAUGGUUGUGAAAUUAACGGAUAAAUGUCAUAUCUAUGCCCUAACUUUGAACAGCACCUCUUUCACCCCUGAUGAGUUUGCACCCCUGGUUCCAGCUGGGCCUUUUGUGUUCUCCUGUGUUUGCAUCAGUUGCUCCCUAUUUCCCUUUUAGUCCAAAGACAAGCAGAUCAGGUUCAGGAAUCCUCCUGUGUAGAGGUCUUCACAGGUUCAAAACUCUGGACGGGUCAGUUCAUUUCAGUUACUAGGAACCCCAUGGAUCUGUUAAGACCUCUACUCCCUCCAUUAGCCUUGACUGAGGAACUGGAGAUUUUAAACAAUAUUUCUGUUUGGAUGUGACUUCGAAGUUUCAAGCUUACCUGUUGGCAGUGUUUUCUAAUCACAGGCAAUACUUUCACAUUUUACUCGUCAUUAUGAACAUGCGUUAAAGUUCUCAAACAUCUGUAUACCCCUUAGCAAACAAGUGGGAAAAUCUGAAGCUCCAGUCAUCUGCUGCCUGUAUACUCACUUGAGUAUUAGAGCAGGUCUUUGUGGGUUUGGAUUCAAUCCAGAACUGACCUGUGGGGAAAAGAGAUUCCGUCCAAAAGUGAUCCAAGGACAGUUAGACCUGAUGCGUAUAGGCCUCAUAACUAGACCUGACCCAAAAUGUGGUCAACAUUAUGCAAAAAGGGAAGUGUCACUGAUUGCACCUUUAAAUACUUGGAUUGAUCUGUUUGAAACAUAUUUGUUAAUGUUAGGUUUCUUUUGCCAUUGUUGGACACAUUAUAAUGUUAAACAUGAGUUACACACAUGAAAACAGAUUUGAAUCAG